AUGUCUUUAUCUAUUGUUUUUCCUGGUAUUGAUAAAACGUUUGAUCAAUUUGUUGAAGAAUUGUUACAAGAUAAUUUCAAUACUUAUUUGACAACAAAUACUGAGAGUUUUAAAUUUACAAAAGAAAAAGUUUUUAAAUAUUUUGUAUACGAGUUUUUGUCAAAAAAUGGUAUUGAUGUAGAAAUGAAUAUGAAAUCUAUUUCAUUUAUUAAGAAUAUUUUCCUUCCUGUUUUUGAUGGAAAUAUUGAUAUUCAUGGUCAAUAUAGAAUUUUAAAUUAUUUUUGUCAAUGUAAAUACAAGAAUAUAAAUCAUAAAAUUCAAUUAAAGGAGAUGCGAGAAUUUUUAAAUUUGGUAGAGAAAAAAAUUCAUCAAUUCGGGUUUUUAGUAUCUAACGUAGAAUUAAGUGAUGAUGCUUUGAAAGAAUUAAAUGCAUCUUCUGUUAAAGAUAGGGCAUGUGUUUGUUAUGAUUACGAGAUUGUCGAAAGAAUUAAGGAAUAUGCAGUUUUUAUUGAUUAUAAGAAUCAAAAGAAAGAAUUAGAUGAGAAAGAAUUUAAAAUCAAAUAUAUUAAAUUAGAAAAAGAAAAUGAAAUGUUAAAAAUUUUCAAUGAUAAAUAUGAGAAACAUAUUGAAAAAUUUGAAAAAUUUACAGAGUUUAUAGAAAAAUAUAUUUUAAAGGAUAACGUAGAUAUCGAAAAUUAA